UGGAGGAGGCGCUCGGAGGAAAAUGUGAUCUGGUGAAGUGCGAGCGCACGCGCGCUAACGCAAAACCCCCCGAACAGCUCGCGCGCUCUGCGGGACGCUCGGGGACGCGUCAUGUUUUCAAAAAAAGCGCUCUGUUGUUUUUCUCUCUCUCUCCGUCUCUCUUUUUCUUCUCAUCUCUACGCUUUGAUGUGCGCGUGUGACGUAAAAAAGCUUACGUGUGUGUACACCGACGGAACGACAGCGAGACGCUCGAGACAUCCCGCGCUAUAUAUAAUCUCGCGCUAACGCAAAUACUUCUUCGUUUCUCCGUUAUUAGUUCUUUUCCUUCCGCUGUGCAUUGAACACUGGAACUUUCUCCUUUUUCUCUGUCGUUUAAUUCCUUUUUUUGUUUGUUUGUUUGUUUUGUUUUUCCUUUUUCUCACGCGGCUUUUUUUAUUGUAUUAUUAUUACCGCUGCAUUACCAUGAUUUAAAAAUCCAGAUUGUCUUAAAUAAGGAAAACAAACAUGUUUCCUGAAAUCAACAACAACAACAACAAGUCAGGCAGACCGGAAGCUUUUCCUCACCCUCAGAGAUCUCAAGCUGAGAGCACACGCCUGGGGUCCAACCGCAACUUUUCUCAGAAGUGUGGCACAGGAACCGGGACUCUACCUCAACUCGACCCACCAGUUAAACAGGUGGUGGUGACUAAUGGAAAACUCCUCCACCAAUCCGAUGGCACUUUACCCAACAUCGUCAAACAACUGGUGCAGAACGUCCAGCAGAGUCAGGAGGAGCGAGAGAGGCCACGGCCACAGUUCCCACCACGUUUUGGUUCCUCUGUGGACAACAUCUCAGAGUCUCUUACCAGAAGCAUCAUCAACAAAUUUGAGAAGAUCAGGACUUAUGAGGGACAACGGCUGCCCAUGUCACCAACAGCUGCGCUGAAGCACUUUCAGAGCCAGCUCACAGAGUUCGAGCAGGAGGAGAUUAUGGACUACACUGAGAUCUGGUAUCUGGGCUUAGACACCAAGAAGAUCCAGGGCUGCCAGGGAUCUGCACAGAAUUCAGGCUAUGAUGAUGAGCAUGGCAGCUACCUGAAGGUCCUUCACGACCAUAUCGCCUACCGCUAUGAAGUCCUGGAGGUGAUUGGGAAGGGAUCUUUUGGGCAGGUCCUUAAAUGUCUGGAUCAUAAGACCAAUGAGAUGGUGGCCAUCAAGAUCAUUCGCAACAAGAAAAGAUUCCACCAACAGGCUCUGGUCGAACUGAAGAUUUUGGACGCACUGCGGCGGAGAGACCGAGACAACUGCCACAAUGUCAUCCACAUGAAGGAGUAUUUUUAUUUCCGCAACCACCUCUGCAUCUCCUUCGAGCUCUUAGGCGCAAACCUGUAUGAACUGAUCAAAAAGAACAACUUCCAGGGCUUCAGUCUGGCUCUGAUCCGACGCUUCGCACAAUCUUUGCUCAAGUGCCUGCAGAUGCUGCGCAGAGAGAAGAUCAUCCACUGCGACCUCAAACCGGAGAACAUUUUGCUCUCCCAGCGAGGACAGGGAAAUAUCAAGGUGGUUGAUUUUGGAUCGAGCUGUUACGAGCAACAGAGAGUAUACACUUAUAUCCAAAGCCGUUUCUACCGCUCUCCGGAGGUGAUCCUGGGUCACCCGUACAGCAUGGCCAUCGACAUGUGGAGCCUAGGCUGCAUCCUGGCCGAGCUUUACACGGGAUACCCGCUUUUCCCCGGGGAGAGCGAAGUCGAGCAGAUCGCCUGCAUUAUGGAGGUGAUGGGUUUGCCUCCAAACGACUUUGUGCAGACUGCAUCUAGAAAAAGGUUAUUUUUUGAUUCAAAAGGAAAUCCACGAAAUGUCACGAACAGCAAGGGGAAAAAACGCAGACCCAACUCCAAGGAUCUUUCCAGUGUACUAAAGACCAGCGAUCCUCUGUUUUUAGACUUUAUCAGGCGCUGCCUCGAGUGGGACCCUGUGAAGCGCAUGACUCCGGAUGAGGGCAUGCAGCACGAGUGGAUCCAUGAGGGACGGCUUAACAAGCUCCGCCCUAAAACGCGACCAAUCAGGAAAUCUGGAGAAAGUGAUGCUAACGUUGAGCACAGCUUCCGCAGGACAAGCUCAAACAGGACUGCAGAUAAGUCGAGCUCAGAGGACAGACUGAGGAGAGAAAACUCAGCCAAAGGAGGGAAAAGAGAGACAGCAGAGCGCCUGAGACCGAUCGGCGCGUCUGCGGAGGAGGAAACCAAUGAGGGAGUCGGGAAGAACAGCAAAGACUGCCAAGACAGCAAGACAGACAGCAAUCCACAGGUCAGCUCAGAGAGGAAAUCAGACAGCGGUGAGCACUCUGUCGAAAUCGCCAUCCAACAUCAGUCUCAAUCGGCGUCAAGCACAGACUCAGAGGAUCCGGAGCCUCACACUCUACCAACCAUCAUUUAACUUCAGUGUUUUUUCCGAUCAUGCAGACGUUUGUUCAGUAAUAUAAAGAGCAGUGACACUGAGUCAGAAGGUGUAUCUUCAGAGCACAGAAAUACAUAUUAGAGACCUAGAUAGCUAACAGUAAGCGAAAUACAAACUUGUAUAGAUUUGUAUUUAUUUCCCCUGGGUUUUAAAUCAAAAGUAAUAGCGGCAUUUAUACAACAAACCUUCCCAGCUGAGCGAGAGUAAGAUUGUAAUGGAAAGAUCCAAAUAUGUCAAACUAAAUGAAAGCAAAAAAAAUCGAAAUAGAAGGUUACCGUUUGCCAGCAAGUUAACAAAAUUAGCUGUUUGAAAGCUAACAAUCAGAGCAAUAACUAGCUCGCUAAGUGACAGGAAAAGACAUUAAAAAAUAUACAAACCUGGUGAUAAUAAUAUUAGGGUAUUAUAAAUAAUGUAGUAAGAGUUAAAAAUGUAAUAAUAAGAAAAAGAAAAGUUUUUUCCACAGACUAAAAUAUAGCAUGCUAAGAAAUAGCGUUGAAUGGAAAGUACUGGUAAGAUUCAUUGUAGUGUUGCUUAAAGUCUCAAAGGGUAUUUGAGGUAAAUUAUGAUCCUCAUGGUUUUUAUACACUUUUAAACACAACAGUGAUUUUUUUUAAAUAUGACGUUACUGAAUCAGAGAGGGGGGACACGGUGGCUUAGUGGUUAGCAUGUUCGCCUCACACCUCCUGGGUUGGGGGUUCGAUUC